AAUUCUCAAGUCCAGGAUGAAUGAAUGCCACUAUGAUAAACGCAUGGACUUCUUUUAUAACAGGAGUAACACUGAUACGGCCGAUGAGUGGUCAGGAACUACUCUUGUAAUAGUUUUAUGCUUCGGCACUUUUUUUUGUUUCUUUAUUUUCCUUUCAAACUCAUUGGUCAUAGCUGCUGUAGUAAAAAACAAGAAGUUCCACUACCCCUUUUAUUAUUUGCUAGCCAACCUCGCUGCUGCAGAUUUUUUUGCAGGUAUCGCUUAUGUAUUUUUGAUGUUCAACACUGGCCCAGUGUCAAGAACAUUAAGUGUAAAUAGGUGGUUUUUGCGCCAGGGACUUUUGGACACAAGUUUGACAGCUUCUCUGGCCAACUUACUGGUAAUUGCUGUUGAGCGGCACAUAUCUAUUGUGAAGAUGAGGGUUCACAGCAAUCUCACAAAGAAGAGGGUCACAUUUUUUAUUCUGUUGAUCUGGGCCAUCGCGAUUUUCAUGGGCGCGGUGCCCACAUUAGGCUGGAACUGCCUGUGCGACAUUUCCACCUGCUCUUCUCUAGCUCCUAUUUAUAGCAGGAGUUAUUUGAUAUUUUGGACAGUCUCCAAUCUGGGAGUUUUCUUCAUCAUGGUUGUUGUAUACAUAAGAAUCUACAUGUAUGUCCAGAGAAAAACAAAUGUUUUGUCUCCGCAUACUAGUGGAUCCAUCAGCCGCAGGAAAACUCCGAUGAAACUUAUGAAGACCGUCAUGGCAGUAUUAGGUGCUUUUAUUGUGUGCUGGACUCCUGGACUUGUCGUACUACUCCUUGAUGGUUUGAAUUGCACUCGUUGUGAAGUUCAGAAUGUUAAAAGGUGGUUCCUUCUCCUAGCUCUGCUGAACUCUAUCAUGAAUCCAAUAAUUUACUCUUACAAAGAUGACGAGAUGUCGAAUACUAUGAGGCGCAUGAUUUGUUGCUCAUUUGAGGAGAGAAGCCAGGAGCGGCGGUCUUCAAGGAUCCCCUCGGCAGUGCUCGGCAGGAGCAUAGAUUCUUCUAGCCAGUACUUGGAAAAUGGCAUUAGUCAAGUGACCAUCAGUGGCAAAGAAAAUACAUGAAUUCUCCUCCUCCUCCUCCAAAUGGGGACUGCAGCGGGGG